AUGGGCUGGUUAACCCUCGGACGUUCAGCACUGCCCACUCACUCCGAGAAGAAUGGAGCUUACAGUGAACAUACCGAAGAUAUCGCCGACAUAGCUCAGUCGAAACAAAUACAAUUGCAAACUCGCACAUUCUUAGGCCGGGAAUACCACCGUCAGGACCCCUCAACUGCAGACUCAGACCUCCCCUACAUCGGCCCGGAAAUCCUCUCCCUCGUGGAAAAGUACUGGACUUCAGCUUCAGCUGCAGAAAAACCACAAAAUAAAGAUACAAGUCUACCGUCCCCGCCAGCCUGGAUUGUCAUCGACAACAUCGUCUACGACUGCACAGAGUUCCAGCACCAACACCCCGGCGGUUCCGUUGUGAUUCGCAGCUUCAUCGGGCAGGACUGCUCAUGGCAGUUUUGGAGGUUCCACGGCGAAGAGCAGAUGAAGAGGGUUGGGACGGGAUUGAGGAUUGGGAGGACCAGUGGAGUUCAGAAUCGGUUUAUGGAGCCCCCGAGAUAUGUUGGAUUGAGUAGUUUGGAUGAUUGGUGA